UCUCUCUCUCUCUCUCUCUCUCGUUUUCCGGCAGCCGCAGCGCCGUUCUGCGUACGCCGGCUCGUUUUCUCAAGUACGGUAACCCCCGGUAACCCCCGAAGAGAGAAGACGCUACGUGAUGACGAAAAGAAGAAAAAACGCCGUCUCAGACGGCGCACUUGCGGUCGAGAGCCCUUUGAGGCCGCGCGUGUCUUUCGUGUUAGAGGCACCUUGCUCUCUUAAGCGACAGGACGACGAACCGCGGUCGGUUCCACCGACGGUAAAACCGCGCGGUCUCUUCCUUCCUGAAACGACGCUUAUUCGCGCUUUUAUACAGUCCUGCUUCGCGAUGCUUCGCGACAUUUACCUUCCACGAGCGGUAAAUCAUCCCCGGUGCGAAUUGCACCAAGUUCGUCCGAUCCGAGACCUCGCGUCAGACCGGGAAACGGCAGACGACUGCCCGCGAGAAACGCGAAGGGUAAUAAAGCCGAAAAAUACGCAAACUCCGAGGGGAAUGCGUUUCCUUAGAUUUGUCGAUAUCGUGCGCGACUCGAAGCAGAUCGCAAGCUGCUGUUGCUUUGCGAAGAGUAGAGCAUAUACUAUCAUCAUCAUCAUCAUCUCUUUUCCCUCACCUCUUCCUCACUUUUUUGAUGCGCACGGAAAAUUAAACCGUGCUCGGCAGAGGAACACUAGUUUAAUUUUUCUGUUCUAGCAAACGUGUCGCCGUAUGUAUAUUAGAAUCAAGCACCCUGCAUAUUUCGCGCGUGCACGAGAACAUUUUAUGGUGCUAUCGGAACCAAUCGUAGACGAGGAUGAAGGACCGCAAGAUACGAUCAUAGAGCUCCGGCCAGCUCGGGCUGAUAAAGCGAUAGGCCUCGCUGCGCACAGCAUAUAAUUCGCGCUGUUAAUAUAUCUCCUAUGUUGCGGAUGCUUUUACGGAAUAAUACAAUUAUUUCGACGCGUACGCGAGAAGGAAUUUUCCCUCAGAAUUGUGAAAGUGAAAAAUUUAAUAAUAAAACAUUAUUAUCCGGUAACGACAAUGUGCGUGCGUAUUCCUUGAAAAGAUAUCAUUUUCAUAACGCCCAGCAAUCAGCACACAAUUUCGGAUGAGUGAGAAUAAUCCAAGCGACCGAAAAUAUGGAGUUUGAUAGUAACGUCUUUCACGUAAGGGUGAAACAAGGUAAUUCUAGGUAAGGGGGGAGCAACAACCGUGGAUCAAAAUCAAUAUCUUUAUACCAACGUGAGAAAGCCGGACAAGAGACUACAGUUUCUCGUCGUUCGCCGCGCUCCACGACGCGAUAUUGCAGCAUCCACCUGGUAGAGGAUCAAUACCCACGGAGCUACGUGGUAGAACCUACGUCAGCAAGUGUAACAGGAAAGUAGAAUCGCGCGCGAUAAAGUGUUGCCAUUUGCACGGCAUUUGAACGGCGUUAUAAUUAUGUUAAUUCAGCGAGACACAUUUAUAUCGGAGGUAUGUAUUCGUUAUACCUUGCACAAAUAAAUAUUAUACUAUCCCAACAUGUACACAUAUGUGCACAUUUUGCAUGAGCAUUUCUGCGUCGUAUGCGCAAAAAGUUAUCAGAAAUAAAUCGUACGAAGGAUGUACAUGUUGCAAAAAGGAACUGUAGAGCAAUAUAUCUUACUCGCCGCUGUUAUUAUAUUUAUACCCAAACUCGUUACUUUUAUCUGGGGCCAUAUAAAACAAUUGUAGGUUAGUGCAAAUGUCAGUAGCGCGACAAGCCGAAUUGCGUAUCUUGACAAUAUUUUCUGGAGGUGGAAAUUGGAGGUGGAUAUAUUAUAUAAACGCAAGCAUAUCGGUUAGAAGAAGGAAGUAUCAUUAUAGAAUUUGCGUCGGAAAGAGCGGCAGUCACGUCGAGAUCGGAGCAACAAUGUUCAAAAUCGCAAGCUGCAUCUUCAUCGCCGUCUGCAUCAACUUUCAACAAGUUGUUGCAGCUGCCUCUUUCCCCUAUUCUCUGGGAUCUCUGGGAUCGCGGGAAGUGUUUGGUCCGCUAGGAUCGUUGUUAGAUAAUACGAAAGAUACAAUAUUAGAUGCAAAAUAUAAAAUAUCCGAUGUGAAAGAUAAAGUAUCGGAUGUGCAAGAUGAAAUGUUAAAUGUCUCGUUUGCGGACAUACUUCAGAAUAUAAUCGAACAGAAGGAUGAAGCUUUGCAAAAUAUCAACAACAUGAGCGAUAUGGACAAGGAAAUCGGUACGAAAAUUUCUACCGGGUUACAGAAGAUCAAGGAUAAAGGCGUGCAGUUUAUGGAAGAGGCUCAAAAUAUUCCGGCGUGUAAUAGGGUAUACAAUAUACAAUACAUUAUACAAUAGAGGACGCGCUGUCCUCAUGAAUUUGAUAUCAAAGUGUAGUGACUGCUUAUCCAACCAAAUACGAGAGGUCGAUGACGAAUUUCACGAUCUCAUUAAAGUACUAGACAUCCUGCGGGAGAAUGUACCAAAACAAAUACAGAACGUAAAACAGUGCUUGCGUGACAGAAAAGAAAUAAUAUCGUGCGUGUUUGAGGUACGUGUGUUUAUGUGUGUCUAAUCUAUCUAUAGCAGUCGUGAAAUUUUUCAUAAUCACACACAAAUCUGUCUUCUAUUUAGAAAAAGAACAGAAUUUCCAAUGAGGCAUCGAAAAGAUUAUAAAAAUCGAUUGGAUUGAGAUUAAGAUUCCGAAAGGAUUUUUCGAAAGUAUGCACUUCAUAUACGCAUUUUUUCAGGCAAUUAGAGGCAUAUCCAAGCUAGGGGUCACGGCUACGAAAGCUGGCAAGGUGUUUACUCAGUUAAGUUUUAUUUACCCAAGUUUCAAAACGUGUUGUGAGAUAGAGGCUGCCAAAUUGAUAUUAACAAAUUUAAUCGAUUUCGUCAAAGACGUGCCAUUGUGCGUUUCUCCAAGCUUUGUCAAGAACAUCCAGUGAACCACUUAUCGAUUAAUAUCUGACACUCCAUCUACUAUUAUACAUAUAUAUUACUAUUAUUACUGAGUGAGUUAGCCGAUACAAAGUUCCUACUUUUUUCACACCUUGCAAAACGACGACGUACAGAUAUAUACCAAAUACACCAAAGUCAAAUAAAUGGUAAAUUGACACUGCUA